AUGCAAGUUAGCAGAGAGCAGAAGAGGGCGCUACAGGUCCUGAUUGAUGGCGUUGAAAAGUGGUAUGCCGAAUGGCGCAAACUGAGACCGCGCAAUGUCGGCCCUCUGUACUACCUCACGGAAUUAAACUUGGCGCGAACCGGACUGAAAGUUCUACCCAGCAGCGGAAUCCUGGGUGCACUGCCACGCUUGCAAGUUCUAAAUCUACAGGACAACUGCAUUAGCUCCCUGAACGGAGCUCUGUGGCGUUGUGAGCAGUUGGUCGAGCUGCGCCUUGACCGAAACCAGUUGCACUCGGUUAGGGGUGAAUUCCCGAAUAUUCACUGUCUGAAGGUAUUGACUAUGUCGGGCAACAAUAUCUAUAGUCUUCCUGUAAGUUAAUGCCUUUUCAAAAACUAAAUAGCCUUAAAACUUCCAAACUAAUGUUUUUUUGCUCAAAUGUCACCCUCACCCCAGUAGAAAACACCCCCUUCACGCACUAUUGGUCUAACCUCUUUUAUGACCAGCUGUGGUGCACUUUUUUUUAAGAAGGUCUUUACUAGCAGCUUAGUACAGUUCAAGAGAACGCCGUUAAGUGAUACUGCAUACCAAUAGCGUUGAAACUAGCCACUAGUUGAAGCAUCGAUUUGCCAGCCCUGGUACAGUAGGCGUGUUCACUGGUGAAGUGUCAUAAAUGAUCACAAGAAAAACUCUGUAACGCAAAUUUUGCCCAAAUUGCUUUCCCCAAAGUCUUGCAGAAGUAAUAAACUAUUGUUCUUAAAACGCAGGCAUAGUUGGGUAUAUAAAUCAAUAUCUCCUUACGUAAACAUAAUCAAUUUUCGUGUAAAAUCAGAAUUUUAGAACAUGGCUAUAUUACAGGUAGCAUAUAAAGGGCAAACUAUAAGGGUUCAUAAUGAAGGGGACACAUGAAGUUAUGAAAAUAAUGAAAAAAUAAUAACAAGUACAAAAGAUCGGUACGUUGUUGAUUGUCCCCUUGCAUUUAGCACAUCAGGAAGACUCUCAGACAUGAAAAUGGCCAGGUUGUCCGUAAUGGGUUGUUCAAUGUGAUUAUCUAGCACAAAAUCAAGCUUUGCUUGCACUGAAAGUUUCUUUUUUCUCCUUUCGCCAACUUCUUUCUAUAAGUGCAAAAUGAUUUUCGAUCGAGUUGGAAUCCGGGCUGUUGGCAGGGAUGAAGUUUGACUGGAGGCCACAGCCAGACAGGCUGGCUGUUGUCUAAAAAGUCCGAUUACGGUUGAGAGCGUCAUCAGAUUCUUUUUUCUUUAGAACAAUGGACAGAAGCAAUGUCGUGUAAAAUUAUGGUAUCAAAUAGUCGUCGGUGGAUGUCGUAGUAGUCGAAAACAUCCUUCAAAAUGUUUACGAACUCCUUGCUGUUGAUGGUGUCCGUAGUCGACCGUCAGACUAACCGCUCUCCAAAUUGGAUAAUCAUCGAAACCAUUAACCGUCGACAGUUCUUAAGGGUUGCCGUCUGCUCAGUAUGUUCUUUUGUGAAGUUCUUUCCACAUAUGACCAGCCGGGUCGACUUCGUAGGCUUUUCGCAAACUAAGACCUCAUCGCAGAAGUAAAUUCUCUUCCAGAAUGACGGCUGGCAAUCAAUAUGUUUCCUAGUGAAUAGAAAUCUUUCUUUAAUAAGCUUUCUACUCAAAAACGGCUAUACAAGUUUACUACCGACUUUUACGACACGAAUCGCCACAAAUUUACAAAACAGAAUUUUAUAUGCUGAAUUCGUCCCCCUUUCCUCGAAAACGAUACAAUUUCUCAAACUUGCCCUCACCUGAUUUCCAUGGGGGCAAAGUCGAAAUUUUCGUUCCCAGAAGGGAUUUAUUUCGUACUUUUACUGUUUACACCAGUCAUCGUUUAGAGAACAAUGAACAUUUAUAUGAAAUUUUGAUCCGUGAAUUUCACUAGCAUAGGAAGGGUGACAAGGGUGGGAGAUCUGAGGUGAUAAUUUGGGAAAGUGGAAGGGCUCACCAGAGCAGAUUAACUGAACUGCGGACGUUUUUAGAGAGCUUGGUCAGCUCACCAUUGUCAAGGCGUUAAGUUCACUAAAUUGCCAUUUAAUGCAACCAACGGACACACUGUCACUCAUUGAAACCUCGGUAGUUGCUUGCGAAAUAAGUUGCACUGACGGAGAUUGCAACUACCCUCGGGGAGGCCGAGCGAAAAUUGUAAACCCGCCUAACAAGAAUUAAUUGGCUGUUCGGAGACUAGACCCAAACUGACAACUUGAAACACACAAUGGAGAAGCUGGCUAUGCAUGCGGCCGUUAGGGAGCGACUGUCUCAGACUAGGUAGAACGACUCUAACUCGAGGCGUGAUAUUAAGAUGCCAACCCAACCAACGCGGUCAUCAUGAACCUUCUGCAGUUUACAAAUUCCAGCGUCAUUACCUGCACGAAGACUAGGGCAAGACGGUUACACAGCAACUUGCGAAAGUCGCGCAGACCUGGCGCGACGACUAACUCAUCCGACGGGGAGAAAGAGGGAGCCAUUAGACCGAAAAACCACUCCUGGGGGCACAGACACCCACCAUCGAGGUGGUGACUCAUGACGCACGCGGUGCAAAAGGCCGAGGCAGCGAACGUAGAAAAAAUCGAUCAACCCACGGCCGACUAGGUCAGCGUGACAGCGCACUUCUCCUCGAGUAAGUGCACUUAACUCGUCCAAGCCCUCCAGUGUCAGCAGUUCAAUAAAUCUGCUCUGGUAAGCUCUUCUUUUUUUGUCAGACGCACAUGUUCGAUUGAUAUUCCUCGGGUCUGUACAUUUAUAUAUUCCUCUGAUAGUAUGGGCUUGGGCUGGAUUUUGAGCGGGAGAGUCAAUGGUUUUGGAGGGGCAAGAUAACUCGUUCAGCGUUUGUUGGCCUCGCAAUAAAAAAAGGAAUAGGGGACGGGGGGGGGGGGUUUACAGACUGCCUUUGAAUCAAUGAAAAUGUACUUCUUCAAGAAUGGUUUUUCUACGACCAAUUAAUUUCGAACCCUAUCCUGCGUCGAAGGUAAGCAGGCUACAAACCCCACACAUUCCGUUUGAAAAAAAAUAAUUUGCCUUGUCUAAUUUUCGAGGAAAUUAAUGCGCGAACUUGGAAAAAAUCUUUCGGAACAGACCUUUUCACGCACGGUCCGAAAUUUGAUAUGAAUAUUUGAGCGGAAAUCCGUCAGCUACUGCGGAAUAGUCGCCUAAUAUUCACAAACCGCCAACAGGCAGCCAGUAGCAUAAAGUCGUGCAAUUAGUUACCGUACUAACAGCACAGGUAUUAACUUAAAGCCCAGAAGAAUAAUACAUUCUAUUGUAUUACAAAGAUGCCGUAUAGGGCCCGGGAAACUUUGCGAUGGACAUUUACCACGUCGUGUGAUUCGUAUUGAGCAUUAAUAAACUAACGGAUACCAAGAUAUUUGAAACGUUUCACAUUCUUAAAAAAUCCGCUGAUUUUAAACUUUUCGAAACCGAGACCUGCCAUUUCUUUGCGCAGGAGAUUUGAAAUAGGCAUCAUUUACUACAAAAUGUGUGCCGGAACGGAGGUUUUCGUGUAUGCUUUUCAUUAACUACAUUGGGAUAAGGGCAUCGAAAAUUACUUGAGACAAAUUCAUGCUACUUACGCUUUAAUUUUUUGGUAGUAGUGACUUGUAUGGCCCCCUGAACAGGACAUGAGAACAGGAACCGCCUGCAAUACGGGUGGCUUUUAACCAACUCCCAGUGAAGUUAGGGUUAGUUUUACGGCAGAGGUUAGGUUUAAGUUAAGAAUUGGGCUUAAAGUUAGAUUUAAAUUUAACGGCAACACAAGCUAGGAUCACGCUUAGGGUUAAGGGUGGGACUAGCGUUAAUUGCAGGGUUAAGGCUUAGGCGAGGAUUGGGGUCAAGAUUAGCGCAACGGUUUUGUUUUAUACGAGGAUUCUUUUUGGGGUUAGGACACGGGAAUAUUAUACCCUUUCUGGAAUUAUGCGCAGGCCCAGCUUUACUACUUGGGCGGGGCGUUUCUAUUCCCAUGCAUAGUUUAAGGGGCCAUAUAAUUCAGUCCUGUUGUGAUUUUUUCAAGAAGCAACCAAGGCAUGCAUUUAAAAGCCGACAUUCUGGCUUGACUGAAAUAUAUUCGGAUUAUGCUGCAAGUUUAGCAGUAUUACACCCCGAACUAAGUAAUCCUUUCCAAUCGAAAGCAGAUUGCAGAAUUUUUUCUUUUAUUUCAUGAGUAACGCCAUCUCCUGUAAAUUUCUAAAAUUAGAGGUGAGUAUACAAAUCCCAGGUUCUUGUUAAGGAAACAAAAUGUAUACCAUCGCCAGCACGGCGACUGCAUUAACCCAAGCCUUCGGGUCAGGCAAUUGAUGAGCUGAACCAAGACAGGAGCUACAGGGGGGAGGGGGGUUGAAUGGUAUUAUUGGGAAUGUUCACCCAUCACCUAUGCUAGAAUUCGUAGUGUGGCGGCACGCCCAAUUUGGAUUCGAGCCGUUCCCUUGUGAGCGUGCAUUGAGGACCAGAGGGUGUGGGGACACGCCUAGAUAGUAUGUUAUUAUCGACACAGACAAGGGAGACUGGAAUGGCCAUUUCUGGCCUAUUAGCCGUCGUCAGCCAGUCAUACCCAAGCCCAAAGUGUGGCACACCCGAGGCUCGAAUUCGCGACCUGUUUGUUAGAAGCCCACGCCUCUAACCAGUGACCCGCGAGCCCGUUGCCCUUUCGGUUUCGAUCGGGAAUAUACAAUGGUAGGGGGCGCUCACCGAUAGUUCUUACCGAACUCACUCGUUCCGUUGUGCCUUACGGGCUCCUUCGCGAGCCCAACCAGCAGCCACACAGCGACGCAGAAUGUCAUUACUGACAAAGACAAGGGAGACUGGAAUGGCCAUUUCUGGCUUAUUAGCCGUCGUCAGCCAGUCAUACCCAACACCGAAGUGUGGAGACGGGCUGACGACGGCUAAUAAGCCAGAAGUAGCCAUUCCAGUCUCCUUUGUCUUUGUUGGUAAUGCCAUUCUGCGCCGCUGUGUGGCUGUUGGUUGGGCUCGAGAGAGAGAGCCCAAAAAAGGCACGACGGAACGAGUGAGUAUCGGUAAGAACGAUUGUUGAGCGCCCCUACCACACGCCUUGAUGUAUGUUUUCUCCCUGCCAGUCCCCACUGUGCCCUCAAUUGCCUCCGGUCUUCUUGACUGUUUUAUGACUCCGAGCCCAAGGGGAGAAUGUGGCAGGCCCAGUGCAAGUCUACAAUCACUAAGAACUAAUUCGCCCGCAACAAGUCACCGUCCCUGUUGUCACCCUGCUGUAGAAAAUACGGUGAACAUCGUCCGCAACGACGGUCAAACUGUCGGUCUCAUUGUGUGGUGACUGUUUGCCUCCUAUGUAGAAAACUGGGUUGUGCGACAGUGGGCCGCGUGAACGUAAUGUGUGAUAACAGUUGUUGAUAACAGAGUUGAGAACCGAGCUGAGGAAGCCCCUAAUUCUUGGGGGUCAAGUUCUCCUCAGGGCCCUCUGAUGGGAGGCAUUGUUGAUCAAUCACAGUGCGUAACUAUUCACGAUGCCUCAACAAGGUUCGCAGAUGAACUUAACGGGGACAUAAAUAUCAAUAUGGCAGCCCUCUCCUUUUCGCCAGUCCACUUCGUUGAGGCUAAAGGACCAGCAAACGAUGGCCAAAUCGCAGAAGACAGAGGAAUGCUUAACAAGGACCACUGCAUCGUAAUUCUGGGCCUCCCAGUCCUCCGCCAGUACCCCCAGGGAACGAGUUGCUGCUGACUUAGAGCAAUUCCAGAAACUUCUAAAUGAAAUGCUUCAACCAACGGAAAAUAUCACAUUCUUAAAGGCGUUUCGUCUUAGUAGCCGUAUAAACGCCGCUUCACAGACGACACAACGACCCCUAAAAAUCGUCCUAGGUAGCAAUGAGCAGGCGAACUAAUCCUUUCCAGGCGUUUUCGACUGAAGUAUUCCCAAAAAGGAAUAUUUUUUCAAUCGGACUUCUUACCUGACUAGAGAAUGAAACGCAGCGACCUUGUCCCAGAAUUGAGAACACGGCAAGCCAACGGAGAAAAAAAUUGACAAUCUACAAAGACCGGAUAGUAAAACGACACUCUGCUCACCUCUAGAUCAAGCCGACCCGAAUGACCGCACAGAUACCCCAGUGGCCUGUGUCGGCGUUGAAAAUAAAUCUCGCAGGAACUCGAAACUCAUAUCCAUAUAUACCAACGCGCAUAGUAUACUUUCAAACUUGAAUGAACUCCGUAUCCCUAUCUCCUAUCUCCACCCACACGUUAUCUCAAUAACAGAAACAUAGUUGUCCGAACAGGCUGAUGAUAGGGGGGCCAUGCUUCCUGGAUUUCAACUGUUCCGCAGAGACAGAGAAAACAGAAUAGGUGGAGGCACGGUAACACUUGUUAAGAAUGGCUUGUACGUUUUCGAAAAAACUGACACAUUGAUUUGUAGUACGGAAGCAUUAUGGCUGACCACAAAGGCACCUGGCUCUCAAAGCCUUGAUGUCUAUAUCGCGCCCGAGAAAUGACCCUGACGCUGCUGCCCAACUGCUGGAUGAGCUUAGAUAAGUUUCAACGCGGCCGAAUACUCUCAUCGGUGGGGAUUUUAAUGCACCUCACAUCGAUUGGAGCUCGGCUUCAGCCGACUACUCUGAAGCAGCAUUUGACCAUCAGCUCUUGCGUACGUUCGACAAUCUGCUUCUCACCCAACACGUAAUGUUUCCAACGAGAGUUUGUGAGGGCCAACAAAUGAACUGUUUCAUCUUGUGUCCACCAAGUCGUCUGACAACAUCGACGAUGUAAAUUGCUUCCCCCGUUGAGUCAGAGUGAGCAUGUAGUUCUCAUGUGGAAAUACAUCUUAUUCUCCUUGCCUGCAAACCGCUCGAUUCCCGACCCACUAUUUGACUCCGCGUUUUGAACAGAUUAAAAAGGAUCUUCGUCCUGUCGACUGGGCAUCCACUCUCUCCGGCGAUGUCGAAGAGGUUUGGCGUCGGUUCAAAGAGAUAGUCCACAGCCUCAUCUCCGACCACUGUCCAAUAAUGCGCAGAAGACUAACAAAUAGACCCCGCUGGCUGACUCCGUCUUUAAAGAAUGAAGUGAACAAGAAGAGGAAGCUAUAGAAAAGAUCCCUGAUUGACCGGACGCAGUAAUCCCUAAGCAUUUAUAAGUUACAGAGGAAUCGGAUCAAAAUUCUCAUCACCAGAGAUAGGAAAGCCUUUAAAAAGGAUCUUUUGAACCGUGCCAUGGUUAAUCCCAAAGUCCUUUACGGCUACAUAAGACAGAGCACACGGAACAAAUAUCCCAUUCCAUUGCUUCGAACGGCCGAGGGAACAGAUAUCUCAGAUGACAAGGAUAAGGCUGAACAUCUCUCUCAGUUAUCCGGUCCAUCGUGACAAGUGAAGCUGAUUUUUUCUCACUCACUUGUGUAGACGAGGAAGCGCCUACCCUCGCAGCAGUCUUCUUCGCCGAACCAAUCGUCCAGAAAGCGUUAAUAAACCUGAAAAAAUCGGCCUCCCCAGGCCUUGAUGCAAUGCCGGCCAAGCUGCUGAAGGAGCUAGCUCCCGAAGUGUCCAAGACGUUAGCCUUGAUCUUCCAAGCAUCAUUUUUUACUGAAUGUCUGCCCUCUGAUCGGAAGUCUGUUACCAUCACUCCACAUUUUAAGGGUGGAAGUCGUGCGUCUGCAAAUAACUACAGGCCAGUGAGUCUUACCUCCAUCUGUUGUAAAAUCAUGGAGAAGAUCAUUAAGAAGGCCUUGGUGCAGUUCCUCGAGCAGCACCACCUCCUUUCCGAUGCCCAACACGGCUUUCGAGGUGGUAAGUCCUGUCUCACGAAUCUGCUCUUUACGCUAGAACGCUGGAGCAAAGCACGCGAGGAAGGCAAUGUGGUGCACGCCAUCUACAUCGACUUCAAAAUGGCCUUCGACAGCGUUUCUCACUAACGUCUCUUGCUCAAACUGCUCAACGCUGAAUUUCGUGGACGCCUUCUUGUACGGAUCCGGAGCUUUUUGACUGGACGAUCCCAAAGAGUGAAGGUCGGGCGUCAACAGUCCUCAGAUGUAAGCGUGGUGAUUGGCGUCCCACAGGGCUCGGCCUUAGACCCCACGUUAUUCCUCGUUUUCAUAAAUGACUGCGUCAAGGUCCCAGACUGUGAUGCCAUCCUGUUUGCCGACAACAUUAAAUUGUGGAAAGUUAUUCACAAUGCGGCAGACGCAGACCACCUGCAAACAAACUUGAACAGACUCGAAGACUGGCCGAAGCGCUAGCUUAUGCCCUUUGAUAUAAGCAAGUGUAACUUUCUUCAACGUGGCAGCUUCAGAGCCUCCUGUCCCAGAACUUACUUUCUACAUGGCACACCACUGCAACAGGUUGACAGCCAGAAGGACUUAAGUGUAUGGAUUACAUCUUCACUGAAACCAACACUGCACUGCGCGAAGGCGGCCAAAUCGGCUAUGGCUACAUUGCAACUCCAUUAAGCGAGCCUUUAUGGGAUUUGACCCUGACUGCUUUUCCAAAAUAUUUGGCACCUACGUGCGGCCUCAUCUAGAAUACACCAUACAGGUGUGGAGACCUUGGACUGCCAAGGACUAUACCGUCUUGGAGAAGGUUCAGAGACGGGCGACCAAAAUGACACAAGGUCUGGGAGCACUGCCCUAUGAAACCAGACUGUCAAUCCUAAACCUGUUUCCCCUUUCCUACAGGCAAUUACGUGGUGACCUUAUACUAACAUUUCGCAUCAUCAACGGCCUAGACUGUUGUUUAGAUCCCACUGAUUAUUUCACCCAAGCUAACACGCCCAAUUUGCGCGGCCAUCCCCUAAAACUACGCGCAGGGAAAUCAAGAACCAAUGGACGAAAGUCCUUUUUCAGCAACAGAGUGGUUGCUGCGUGGAAUUCCCUGCCUACCGAUGUUCUAAUCUCCUCCCGUGUAAAUUCCUUUAAGUGUAGGCUUGACGCGUAUCAAGCUUCCCAAUUACCAGCCUCACAUCCACUCACAUAACCCGGCACCAACUUAUACGUGUUUAUGCUACUAUUAAUUCGUAAGUAACCGUUAAUGAUUAUUCUUUAUCGACUGGCUGCCAGCUGUCCGCGAUUAUGUACAAAAUCUCUUUUUCAUCUUCCCACUUAUAAAUAGUUUUCUUCGACGACUUGUAACCAAUAAGGAGUUCAAAUGCGCUAGCCAUUAUUUCCCUUAAUAAACUGGAACUGAAACAGUGGGUAAUGUCAGCGCACCUGCUUGUGAAGAUGGUAUCGGAGACCUGGCCAAUGCGUCCCAUCCGGCCUCCGGUCCUCUUGAUUACGUCUUCACGUCGGACCCAGGAAGGUGGAGGAAGGGAGAGUGCGGUAAAUGCAACUCAGGUCUAGUAUCAUUAUAAACUAAUUCAGGCGAAAGUCACCGUCCCUGCUCCCACAAUGCUGUUGGGCACAUGGUGGAUACCAUCGUUCACGAUGGUCGGACUUUCAUUAAAACCUAGCCCUUUAGUGGUUCUCGCCUUUAUUCGUAUGGUUGCGAAGCCGAACUCAUAGUCCUCCUACAGGUUACGGGUGGCGACUUGUGACGACCCGGUCGAAUCUCCGAACGGCCCUCUUAUAAGCUCAGGUAUUCGUGAGCCUGUUGCACCUACCGUUCUGGUGAUCGCAUGCUAUGUUUUUAACUUUCCAAGCACAUGAAAAACACUGGGUUUAUUUUCACAGAUCAUUUGUACAAAAACUUGUCCAACUCCUUUUACCACGACACUCGUUGCUGUAGGAGCUUCUGAGCGAGUUUCACGCCCUGCAUUUUGUGGAAGAAUUGAACUUUGCUGGGAACCCCCUGGCAUACGAACCCUUCUACCGGGAGACCAUUUUAGCGAGGUUUCCCAGACUGGUGAAACUUGACGACGUCGCAGUGUACGCCAUCACCGGCAGACGCAGACCGGUCAGGGAGAAGACCAAAUACGAACCAAGGUAACUCCUAUUGGUCAAAUAAUGUAAACUCUUCAAAAGGGUAAAAUGACAUGCAUGAAAACGCAUGUUAGCUACCAGGAAGUGUCCAUUGAACUGUUGUUAACAAAAUUUUUCGGUAAAUAAUUCAAAGGAAAUCAAAAUUUUGGUGGAUUUCAUUCAUAUGUCGGAAGCUUUUGGACAGGAAGGUCAGGUCUUUGUUUUAACGGUACUAUCUACGUACAGACGAGAUGGCAAAAAAUAAGGGCGAACUGUUAUUACCGACAAGGACAAGGGAGACUGGAAUGGCCACUUUUGGCUUAUUAGCCGUUGUCAGCCAGUCAUACCCAGCCCCAAAUCGUGGAGCACCUGGGGCUCGAACUCGCGAUCAUUGGGCGUUAGACUUCUAACUAACGAAGCGCCCACGCCUAGCGGACCUGACCUGAUCCGUUCACGAUGGAAGAGGUGUUCACAUAAAACAAGAAAUCUUCUACUCGGUUGCCAUCGGCGCGAGAUUGCUAAAUAGGUCGCAUUCAGAAUGAGCGAUCGCAGACUGAGACAAGGAAUGACUCAUCCCGUCAGUUGGCAGCCUUCCAAACCACGACUUUUAGCGUCAGAUUUUUCGUGCUGAGGAAUGUGUUGAAAUGCCGCAGGAAUAGAUCCCGCAGUGUCGACCUCCCUCUUUUUUUCUCUCCCAUGCACCAGUCCACUGUCCGAGCCGAUCAGUCGUCUGAUGCGGGAGCUGUGUGUGAGCGCCUGGCGUGGCGUGAACCUGCACCUAGGUGUGCCAUCACAAGCAGUCCCCGUGUGUGGCAUUUGUUCUGGGAUGCGCGAACUCGACGCAGCAUGGUAACUCGUGCCCAGGGCACGCGCUGGCAGAAGCAUAACAAGUAGCUAUGCUCUCUGGAGUCGAUAGGGGUUGGCGUCGCAAACGGUUUUCAUUUGAUUUUAUCUCAAUAAAACGCCGACAAAAUUAGAACAUCUAUUUGCGGCGUUCCAUUGAGCCAAUAUGUUGACAGAGGAUGCAGGUAAACAACAGGUGCGUGACAUCAAACGCUGCAGCACGAGGAUUCUGAUAGAAUCGAACAGGCGAGUUACAGGUUGCGGUUCAAAAGACGAAGAUGCGAUCACUGGAACAAGAAAUCUAUUGGCCUGACGUUUCGGAUUCCCACUCGAACCCAUCAUCAGAGACAGUCGCAGAUAAGGUUAAUGGUGGCACAAGGAGUGCUGUAUUUAUAGCACGUGGCCGCCGUGGAACCAUAUGCGUACUGUAAUUAACAGCUCUCACAAUCGCCGCUGGGGUCGUAAUUGAUGCGGUGGUGGCCUGUCAGUCCGCGUCCGAGUCAUUAAUUUCCAUGAUUUCGUCAUCCGUGUUGGAUGCUGGUGUGAAGAUUGCUCGGCAAAUUGGCUCACUGUCACUAGGAUAAUUGCUCGUCCGCGCCCUCCCCACGUGACUGAUUCCCCUGCCCAGGAAAAUCUCAGCACGGAAUACGGUAACGGCAGGUCGUUGCGCUUGUUGAUGGACUUCGGGCCUGAGAAUCAUGACUCCAGCAGCUCGCGGCUCACGCGGUUGUCACCCCUUGCGAUGAUUUCGGCCUCUUAAAACUUGAAAAUAUGGCCGGGUCUCGUCGAAUGAGCCGCCACCAGAGAGCUAGCGUCUCCCCGCCUCAUUGCUGCUAUAUGCACGGCAAUUCGCGUAUGGAGUAAUCUCCCAGUUUCUGCGACGAAGAUGCUGUCACUUUCUUCACCAUUAUAUGUUUGUCGUUUAUAGACAUGGGUGAUUCUUGAACAAUGUUAAGGCCUCAAGCGACGAUGUUAGAUCGAAAUAAAGCGUUCACAGUCAUAGCAGUGCCAUUAUAACCGUCGGCCAAUAUCAGAGAGUAUGUAAACUCUGGGCGUUAGCCCUGAGGUAAGGUCAAGAAAGCCCGCCCCAUGUUCCCGGGACCCUGUUUGACUUUAAUAGGCAGAUCAGAUGCAAACUUUCGUUGAACGAAGGGGCUGGAACCGCGGCAACAACUGUCCCCUUCUGUACUUCAACGGUUAUAUGAGGGGGAACUUAUGAGCUUUAGGUCCCAGUGACCAUUAAAUUUCUUGUCACUCCCCCAAAUGGACACUUUAUUUUAGAGCUUGAUUUACUUGAUUGGAAAAACGUGUACUCCGAAAAUUGGCCGUCAGAAACGAAGUCUCGAGAGCUAGGUAUUUUCUCGGAAUAUCAGGCCAUUUAGACCCUCGUUCUGCCUUGGAACAAGUUGUAUUAGGGCAGAUCUUGCAACAAGUGACAUAGGUUAUUACAAGUUGUGGAUUUCAUACGAUAGUUCAAUUCAAUUCAAUUCAAUUAUUUUUAUUAAAGACCCGUCGGGGUCCCAUCAAAGCAAGUAAAAAUAAAUUUACAUACAAAUUUUAGACGAUGUAGGCAAAAUCUGCACAAAGUGCAAUGCAUAGUUUUUGAGAUUAGAAGUCCGUUAAGCAAAAUGAAAAUGAAAAAAACGAGGGGUGAAAAAAAACUCCAAAGCAAAAUUUAAAAAUGAUUGUAGUAAUUUAACAGGAGAAAAAAAACCCCUCAGAAAAAUAGCAUCAGAAAAAAACAGGGAGGACUGGCCUGCAUGUGGCGGUACAAAAUGGAAUCUAGUCCGACAUCAACAUGGCCGAAAUAAAUGUCAGCUGUAUAUGGCAUUGUGUAACGGAUUUCAUAAAAUGGUACGUAGGCGGGUCGGUCAGGACUGGCCUGUAUCGCCUUGAAUAAGAAAAAUAAGUGCCGAAAUUGAAAACCAGUCUCAAGCCGAUAGGAGCCCAGAUGCGGUCGGUUUCAUUCAACCGAGUCCAUCCGAACAUGGGGGAAGGGAAAUGCGACCAGACUACUAGUAUAUGGCGAAUAUAGAAGGCUUUGUCAAGACCGCCGAUGGAGCGCAUUCUGUAAGGGCACGACAAGAACCCAGAUGCGGUCUGUUACAUUCAUCAGAGUCCCUCCGAGGAUAGGGCAAAGGAGAUGCGACCAGAUUACUAGUAUAUGGCGAAUAUAGAAGGCUUCGCCAAGAGCAUCGAUGGAGCGCAUUCAGUGAGGGCAUCAUCAGUUCGACCUGCGGGAGCGAAGAAAGCUGCUGCCAGUAUAAGUAUCACUACGCGUGUGGAGCAGUUUGCAGUGGAGCAAACUUGCCCAGCACCUAUCUCACCCUCUACUCCCAGGCCUACCGUUUUACCAAUGUUAGACCAAUGCAAGACGAUUAGAGAUAUGUUUGAGUUCGAUGACGGACAAAGGUUAUCGGUAUGUGCACGAUUUGAAACUAACUCCAAGCAAAACGGGAGUAAAAGGAGAAGGAGGGGGGGGAAGGGGGUGAUGGAAAGCCGAACGCUUUCGGAUCCUACGGUGAGGAGGUCAAGGGCAGAAAUGACGUCACCCUCUAUCCUUCUCCCUCUAUCGCUCUCUUUGUCUCCCCUUCUGUCAUCCCUCCCCUACAACACACCAGCAGCCUUUCCGAGCCUGUCGGUCGGUUGUUGUUGGGACUGAGCGCAGUAAUUGACUUGACGUGAAGCCGGGGGGCAACGCGUGCCACGCCCAAACUUCGAUCUUGCAGAAGUAAAGUAUGCCGCAGAGGCCAUGUUAAGAAAUUACCACUGCGGUCGGACUUUCAGUUCCGGGCAGAAUCAACUCUCCCAUCCACAUUGUGAUAGUUAGAAAAUGCUGUUGAUUAAAUUCUCAUUUAUUUUUUUAGUUCUUCAUAUUUUCGUGGUACGAGGCAAACAGACACCAUGAUAACCACUGCUCCGAGUGUUAUUCCAGUUUGACUUUACUCGGGCAGGCUGUUGAAUCAUAGAAGACCGAGGAGAAUGCGGGGUUAAUCCAACUUUUAACUUCCUUAAAAUCAAAUUCACGUUGGAGAUGGAAUCGGCCGGUUCGCUUCCUUUCUUAGAUGUUCUUCUAAACAGGAGAGCUGACGGGAGUGUCCGAAGGAACGUCUAUUGGAAGAAAACAUGAUCUGGACAAUACACGAACUUCGCUAGUUUCGUACCUGUCCAACAAAAACGAAAUCUAGUCAGGUGUUUGCCACAAAGGGCUGGAAAAGUUUGUUCAACAGAUAGUAUCCAGGAGGAACUUAGAAAAAUCCAGAACUUGCUUCGCGAAAACGGGUAUUCUGGCAGGUUCGGUGCAAAGAACAUUGCCUAAGGGCCCGCAAAACCUACCACACUGACUGCCGAAAAGAAAACUUUGUUUCUCAAAGUUCCUUUCCAAGGAAAUGCUGCGAGUAAACUCCUAAAAAGACGCCUUGAUCAAGCUGUCUCGAGAACCUUUUCAUCAGUAAGAGUUCGCAUAUCAUUCUCUACUAACCCUAUUUUACGCGGAGAAAGCAAGGAUAGGGUGCCAACUUAGUGUGCAUCUACUCAUCCACUCUUUCUGUGGACUACGUCAUAUUAGUCGCACGAGUCGGCGUCUUUCCAAAAGAAUACGAGAGCACCUUCCCGCAUGGCUGGCAAAAGGCGAAACUAGGAUAAUAGACAGCGCCAUCCUUGCGCAUGCAGUGGAUUCAGGGCAUCAUUUGAACCCCGCUGAAGCAUUUCGUUUGAUUUACAAGGUCCCCUCGAGCUACCCUAGGCUACUGGACUAGCGCAUGUUAGCAACAACAGAAGCAGCCGCCAUCAGGUUACGAAAACUGACCCUAUGCGCUCAGAAGAACCUAGUUCAGGCUCCGAGCUUACCGUGGUCAAAUGUUGACUAACCACAUAUAACUUUCUGUGUCCUUCCGCUCUUGCCUAGCCUGUAUUUUAAAAAACUAACUUUUAUCGAUUUUUUCACUCACUGUUCCCCAUCCUUCUAUCAGCAAUAACUGUAAUGACCUGACGAGAAGUUAUCGAAAGCAACAUUCGCUCGCCACCUUUCCUUAAAAUAAUCGAUCAGACACGCACAAAAGUCUUGACAGAUUACCAAAUUACGGCCCAGCUAGAUCCUGCACAGAAGUCCACGUCCGACUCGAGUGAUUCCUUCUUGAUGUGACCUCUAAUGCGGUACUUCUUAUGGUGAUGGUUCCCCUCUCCUCCUCCCUCCUCUCCCUCCUUUACACCCGGUUCGCGUAAAGUUAAUUUCAGAUAGUAGACGAGCCGUUUAGUUGUGACAGGCACCGCAUUCUAACAUCCCUUCAGUCUCCUUGGAUCUGCUUUACUUUGGUAAAAUAUCAGAUAUAAGAGUAGGCAGUGAGAUAGAUGCGGCGUAAGUUCGCCCCACUACAAACAACUUCACCCGCAGGCCGUCUCAACUCCCCCUCCGGACGGCGGUAGUGGCGACGGUCGAACUCAUAUAUCGACAAGGAGCGCCUUUGAAAUCCCUAUUUUCUCCUUCAAAUCACCUUUUCCCAUCCAUUUGCAUUUCAGACGCAAAUCAAAGAGCCUCGUACCCCGCCGAGUAAAACAAAAGGCACCCAGGGUUUCUGAGAGAUCGCAGGCUGUACAAACACCGAAAUCCUGUCUUAGAAAAUUGGCUGACCUUCAGGAGGCGGAAUUUCCAGUGGCUAAAGUUGAUGAAACCUGGGAGAUUCAUUCCCAGUAA